UUUCUGAUCUCCAUUAGAAAGUUGAUUAAUCCUAGUGGAGAAAAGUUAUUAUAUAUAGCUUAAUUGGAAGCUCGAGGAAAUGGAUAUUAAGCUUCUAGAGGCAAUUCAAACAAAUGACACGCUCACAUUAAUCAGUUUAUUUCAAGCAAAUGAAGGAGUUCUUGAGCAGAGAACAGCCGACUCAUUGGACACAGCAUUACACCUUGCUGCAAAGUUCGGACACGUUGACUUGGCGUCGGAAAUUGUUACUUUGUGCCCGGACUUGGUUGCUGCUCAGAACAAGAUGCUGGAGACUCCGAUACAUGAAGCUUGCCGCCAUGGGUCUGCCGAGGUUUUGAAGCUGCUAUUAACGACCAAUCCGAUGGCUGCAUGUAAGCUAAACUCUGAAAACAAGCUUGCCUUUUUCAUGGCUUGCAGUAAUGGCCAUCUCGACGUUGUGAAUCUCUUCUUAAACCACCCUGCAGGCAUGCUGGGUUUAGAGGAAAAUGUAUUCGAUCCGACUUGUGUUCAUGUGGCAGCAAAGAACGGACAUAUGGAUGCUGUUAUCGAGUUACUAAAUGCGUGUCCUGAUUUCGCUCGAACGAUCGACGAGAAAGGUAACUCGCUGCUGCACUAUGCCUGUAUCCAAGGACACAGGGAGGCAACCCGGAUGCUCAUAAACUGCGAUGCAAGUCUCACUCUGCACCGCAACAUUAAUGGUUACAUACCAGUGCACAUGGCAUCAAUGAAUGGCAAAGUUGCAGUCCUUGAAGAGCUUGUGCUGAUGGCUUCUGUAUCUUUUCACUAUGAUACGAACGAGGGAGAGUCGGUGUUUCAUCUGGCCGUGAGACAUGGACAAUACGAUGCGCUUGUGUACUUGGUGCAUACCUGCAAUGGUACAAGUCUCAUUCAUUAUCAAGAUCUGUAUGGAAACACCAUUUUGCAUGUUGCUGUUUCUGGUGGGCGCCAUCAGAUAGCAGAGUACUUGAUCAAAAAGACAAAAGUGCAUAUUAAUGCUCGGAACCUCAGAGGACUCACAGCACUUGACAUCCUUGACCAGGCUAAGGACAGUGCAGAAAACCGGCGUCUUGAAUCCAAGUUUGUUAAAGCUGGUGGCAGAAGAAGUAUCGAAUUGUUAUCUCGUUCACCAGCGGAAGAAAGAACCAACAGUCAACGUCUGCCUAUCAUGCAGGGUUGCAUUGCCACUGAAUUGGAAAUGCCCAUUAUGAAUGAAACGAUUUCUCCUAAAAGCAAGAGCUCGCCUAGAUUCAGCCUGGGAACCAGCUCUAGAAUAUCAUCACCACAGUUUCAAGCUGGAGAGACAUUCGACUGUGAAACAUACCGGAGAGAUUCCAGCUUAUUCCCACCUAAUAUGCGUCAACACAAGCAUCUUAACAAAGGGCUCCAGGAAAAUAUAGGUGAGAGUUACACAAGAUACCGACAUGAGCAUCAUGCAAUAUACAUGGAAGCAUUGCAAAAUGCUAGGAACACUAUUAUUCUAGUUGCCAUUUUGAUCGCAACAGUCACUUUUGCCGCUGGAAUCAGCCCUCCUGGUGGUUUGCAUCAGCAAGGAGGAAAAUCGAGAGGGAAGUCAAUUUUAGGUGGAACAUUAGCUUUCAAGGUCUUUGAGGUAAGCAACAACAUUGCAUUGUUCACCUCUCUGUCCAUAGUGAUUGUUCUUGUCAGCAUCAUCCCCUUCCGGAGAAAGCCACUGAUGAUACUGUUGUCGGUGGCUCACAAGGCCAUGUGGGUAGCUGUGGCAUUCAUGGCAACAAGUUAUGUUGCAGCCACAUGGGCGGUGAUGCCACGAAGUAAGGGGACAAAAUGGAUGCUCGUGAUGCUACUAGCAGUAAGCGGUGCCACACUGGUAGUGGUUUUUAUUGUUCUGAGUGUGAUGCUGGUUAAGCACUGGUUGCGGAAAACAAAGUGGAGGAAACUAAGAAAGGAUAGCAGGGAGGGAGUUGCAGAUCGGGAUCCUGACAUGGAAAGUCAAAAUUCAGAUGUUGAGAGCUCAUACCUGCAAGGAUAUCACUCAUACUGAAUAU